AUGACAUUCUCCGAAGCUGAGAAGGCCGCCAUCAAGUCCGUCUGGGGCAAGGUGUCUGGCCAUGCUGAGGACAUCGGAGCAGAGGCUCUGGAGAGGAUGUUCCUCAGCUUCCCUCAGACCAAGACCUACUUCAGCCAUUUUGAUAUGAGCCAUAACUCCAAGGAUCUCCGCAGGCAUGGUGGCAAGGUUGUCAAUGCUAUCGGAAAUGCCGCCAGUCACAUGAAUGAUCUUGACGGUGCUCUCUCUGCCCUGAGUGACCUCCAUGCUCAGAACCUGAGAGUUGACCCUGGCAACUUCAGACUGCUGUCUCACUGCAUCCAGGUGACUCUGGCUGUCCACUUCCCCAAGGAGUUUAAUGCUCCUGCCCACGCUGCC